CAACAAAUGUGGAGCAGUCAUCAUACAAGUUUGUUUACCCAGACGUUAUCCAAAUGUGAAUGCGUUUGCAUGAAAACAUAUGAUUCCCAGAUCACAGUUGAAGAGAAAAUGGUAAAACAGAGCAUCCAGAUCUUUGCCCGCGUAAAACCCACUAAGAAACCGGCCUCGGUAUACUGUGUGGACAAUGGGGAGCCGGCGGGUUCCAUACUGGAAUUCCUUGUACCCAAGGACCUGGCUGACGGCUUCAUAAACAACAAGAAGGAGACCUACAAGUUCAGGUUCCAAGAGGUGUUUGAUCAAACAGUCAAGCAAGAGGACAUAUUUGAAGCCAUCGCCAAGCCAGUGGCAGACAGUGUAUUGUCGGGAUACAAUGGUACCAUCUUUGCCUAUGGCCAGACUGGUAGCGGGAAGACCUUCACCAUCACAGGAGGCGCUGAGCGCUACAGUGACCGGGGCAUCAUCCCUCGCACGCUCUCUUACCUCUACCAGCACUUCAGCCAGGACAGCAGUAUGGUGUACACCACCCACAUCUCUUACCUGGAGAUCUACAACGAGGUGGGCUAUGACCUGCUGGACCCCCGGCACGAGGCCUCUCGCCUGGAGGACCUACCGAAAGUUACCAUCAUGGAAGACCCGGACCAGAACAUACACCUGAGAAACCUGUCACUCCAUCAAUCAGCCAAUGAGGAGGAGGCUCUCAACUUGCUCUUCCUGGGAGACACCAAUCGCAUGAUUGCAGAGACCCCUAUGAACCAGGCAUCCACGCGUUCUCACUGCAUCUUCACCAUGCACGUGUGUGGCCGUGAGCCAGGCUCGGUCACCGUGCGGCGUUCCAAGCUACAUCUGGUGGACCUGGCGGGCUCAGAGCGGGUGGGCAAGACAGGCGUGUGUGGGCAGCUGCUCACAGAGGCCAAGUACAUCAACCUGUCACUGCACUACCUGGAGCAGGUCAUCAUUGCUCUCUCAGAGAAGAACCGCUUGCACAUUCCCUACCGAAAUUCCAUGAUGACGUCGGUGCUGCGGGACAGCCUGGGAGGGAACUGCAUGACCACCAUGAUCGCCACUGUGUCUGUGGACAAGAGAAAUGUUGAUGAAUCCAUCUCCACAUGUCGCUUUGCCCAGCGGGUCGCCCUGAUCAGGAACGAGGCUCUGCUGAAUGAAGAGAUGGACCCUGCCCUGCUAAUUGUGAGUCUGAAGAGGGAGAUCCAGUGCCUGAAGGAAGAGCUCUCUAUGGUGACCGGGGAGAAAAGAGAGGACCAGCUAACUCAAGAGGAGAUUCAUAAGAUGGAGGAGCUGGUCAAGGUCUUUCUGGAAGACCCUGAUUGUGAGGUCACACUGGCAUUGGGACCUGACAUGAGAAAAAUCCAUUACUGUUUCUCUCUGCUAAAGGUAAUGAUACGAGAGAGGUUGUCUAUUGGAGACGAGGGAGGCGACCACCCAAGCCCUCCCCCACCUGUGGUAGUCCCCGACCAAAAAGACAGCCCCCAGGUCCAGCCUGCAGACCUGACCAAGCUGAGGGAAAUGUUGACUCAGCGCGAUAACGAGAUCAAUAUCCUGGUGAGCAUUCUGAAGAAGGAGAAGAGGAGAUCUAAGGACGCUGCUGCUCAACUGGCCAACAUCUCCAAUGGCCGUUCCUUGGACCCCCAGAGUCCUUUGAGGUUAUACACAGCGUCACUGGCAGGAGACACAGAGGCAGUUGAGAAUGACCAUGGAGUGCCACCCACUCUUUAUGGGGAAAGAGCGUCCAAGCUGUCGAUGGGCAAACAGGAGGCUUUUGAGAUCUUCAGGAGAGACCAUGAAGACCGGCUGACCAUCGAGGACAACAAGGCCCUGCUCAAACAGAGGUUUGCUGAGGCUAAAGCAUAUGGGGAGGAGGUGAAUGAAGCCAGAAACGGAGUCACUGUUCACAAAGCAAGAUCCAUACAGAAAUUGUUGGUCGAGAUCGGUGUGGAAUAACUUGACUGGCCUGCACAAAGCCCUGACCUCAACCCCAUCAAACACCUUUGGGAUGAAUUGGAAUGCCGACUGCGAGCCAGGCCUAAUCACCCAACAUUAGUGUCCGACCUCACUAAUGCUCUUGUGGCUGAAUGGAAGCAAGUCCCCGCAGCAAUGUUCAUCUAUUUGAAAGCCUUCCCAGAAGAAUGGAGGCUGUUACAACAGCAAAGGGGGGACCAACUCCAUAUUAAUAACCAUAAUUUUGGAGUUAGAUGUUUGACGAGCAGGUAUCCAUGUACUUUUGCUUAUGUUGUGUGUUUGCCCUGAUUUCAUGCUCUUCCAUUUGGGAAUAUAGCAUUUUUACAUAGCACUUUUAUACUAUUUAUGAUUGCCAAGUGCAUCCUCACUUGCAUGCUAAUAGUACCGUUUUGUUGGUAGAAAGACCUUCUGUGUGUGUGUGUGUGCGUGCGUGCAUCUGUGCAAGUGUGUGUGAUUGCUGCCAUGCAUGUUUCUGAGAGGAAGUGAGUGUGUGGACUAUGCUGCCUCCAUAGCAUAUCCAGGGGUUGAUGGUUCAGAGUGCAUACUAUAAAUUGCAUGCCGGAAAUCGUUUUACAGUCAGUGUUUCAUUGUCACCACUACCAUUAUCCUAAUAGUAAACAUGUCCCUGAUGCAGGCUCGUGUAACACUGUUAAUUUACCUUUACAUGAACUUUCCUGGAAACCCCAAGACACUAUCCAUGUUACGUACCAAAUGGCACCCUAUUCCCUAUACAGUCCACUACUUUUGACCAGAGCACUAUGGGUCCCGGUUAAAAGCAGUGAAUAGGGUGCCAUUUGGGAUGCAGCCUAUGAUUCCUAAUAGUGAACAGAAAAAAACAGAACAUUCUGCUAUGGGGGCCCUGUUUCUCUGAAGUGUCCAAGUGUCGCUCAGCACAUUCCAGAACUUUUCCAGGACUGGCGAGAAAGGGUGGCUCCCCUGAAGGCUGUUUUAUGAGAGCUCAGUUAAGCACGCCCCUGCCUUCUCUGGGUUAUGUCCCUGACAGGUAGGCUUCGGGUGCCAUAAAGCUCCCUGGCACGGUCCCCGCUUUUUAAUAUCCAUUUAAUAUCCAUUUUCCUCUAUGUAGCUGGAAAAGUACUAACAACCCUCUUUUUCAAAUGGUCCUUAGCUGCACCAGAUGCCAGACACCAAGUCCGGCAUCUGGUGCCAAGGAAUCCACCCCAAGUUUUAGAGCACUUUUCUUUCCGUAAUCCCUUGGAAAUGGAUUACCUCAAACCUGUUCAAACAGCCACGAGCUACUGUGUGUUUUUAUGACUUACUUUUGUCACAGUAUAAAACAUAAAACCUACUAUGUGGUCUAAAACGUGUACACACAACCCUGUUCUAGAAUGUUGGACCAUUGGCUUUCAUAUUAUUCAGAUUCUAAACUAUUCCACGUAGACAUACUAUUGUGGCUCGGUAGCUAUGGCUGUGUAGGGUGAAGUUGCACCUGAACACUGAUCUUGGGUCAGAUUUGCAUUUUCCCCACUAAGGGUCCAGGAUGAGGGGAAGCUGAUCUUAGAUCUGUACCUAGGGAAACUUCACCCAGCAGUGAAUUGGGCUUUACACCACACAGCCAGCAAUGAUUUAGGAGUGAUGACCGGAAAUGAAAGGGAUGCCGAGUUUCAGCACCAACAGCAUCCUCUUCUCCAGUAUUAAUGCAGUGUGAUUGCCUCACAUUUACAGUGCCUUCAGAAAGUAUUCACACCCCUUGACGUUGUUGUGUUACAAAUUGGGAUUAAUGUCAAAGUGUAAGAAAUACCCCCAAAAAAGGAAUAUUGAUUAGAUAAGUAUUCUACCCCCUGAGACAAUACAUGUUAGAAUCACCUUUGGCCUCAUGGUGAAACCCCUGAGCGGAUUCCUUCCUCUCCGGUAACUGAAGAAGGACACCUGUAUCUUUGUAGUGCCUGGGUGUAUUGAUGCACCAUCCAAAGUGUAAAUAAUAACUUCACCAUGCUCAAAGGGGUAUUCAAUGUCUGCUUUAUUUUUAUUUUUACCUACAGUAUCUACCAAUGGGUACCCUUCUUUACAAGGCAUUGGAAAUCCUCCCUGGUCAUUGUUGUUGAAUCGUUUUUUUAAAUUUGAUGCUUGAUUGAGGGACCUUACAGAUAAUUGUAUGUGUGGGGUAUAGAGAUGAGGUAGUCAUCUCAAAAAUCAUGUUAAACACACAGAGUCCAUGCAACUUUUUAUGUGACUUGUGAAGCAAAUUAUUACUCCUAAAUGUAUUAAGGCUUGCCAUAACAAAGGGGUUGAAUACUUAUUGACUAACGCUGAGCAAUUAGUGCUUUUUGAGUUCGUUUUGGUUAGAUUAUUAAAAGAUAAUCACUGUAAUAAAAAAAGAAGACAAAUGCACUUUGCAUUAUGUGGGUUGAAUACUGUAACAACACAGAAUAAAACAAUUAAUAAAAGUCC